GUGCAAGUAAGGCGGCGUGGUCCUCCUGGUUGGAAGGCCGACCCGAGGUGUCACUCCCGAACGCAGGUCAACCGCUCGUCCGGAGGCCUAGCCGUUGGUGGUCGAGAUGGACCUUGCCGUCGGCGGCAGCAGCAGCCAGCAGCCAGCAGUUGCAGGGGCUGUGCAUGAGACGUGGGCGCCGCCACCAUCGCAGCCGCCACCGCAACAGCCGCAGCAGCUGCUCGACGCUGACAGCACUCCUGGCAGUGAGUACGGAGGCCAUGGGUCGGAGGAUGACUACGCCUGGCUGCCGGGGCUGGCGGAGUUGGUAGCGCUCCUGGCAGGCGACGGCGCUGCUGGGCUGGAGGAACUGCUGGUGGGAAUGUGGGGCCCUGGUGAGCUGGGCGGCAUGCAGCAGGAGCACCCGGCAGCGGGCGCCGCCCAGCAGCUAGCAGCAGGCGCCGCUGGGCAGCUAGCAACAGGCACCGGCGAGCGGCCACAGCAGCAACAGCAGCUGCUGCCCAGCACCCAAACCCAAACCCAGCAGCCGGCGGGUCCCUCGGCGCGCGGCAGUGCAGUAGCGCAGGAGCGCCACUACCUCCUGGCUGUGCAGAUGCUGCCGCCAGGAGCAGCCGCAGCACAUGAGGGCCCUGGAGCCGCAGGCGCCGCAGUCCAGCCGGCGCCGCCGGCAGCCGGCCCGCACGCGGCACCGUCGUACCAUCAGCCGUGCGCACCGCCCUUCGCACCGCCCUACGCACCGCACUGCCCGAUGAUGCAGCUGUGUGAUGGCGGGCCAAUGAUGCCGCCGCCGCCUCCUGCUACUGCCACUGCGGCCACUGUCGCUGCCGCUGCCACUGCUGCUGCUCCUCUGGGUUCGGCCCACCACCAAGGCGGCGGCUUCGCAGGCGACGGCGGCGGCGGCGGCGGCAGGUCCGGCUUGCCGGACGUGGCGUCGCUGCCGCUACACCACCAACAGCAGUACCAGCACCAUCAGCAGCACCACCAGCACUCCCAGCUCCCCCAGCACUGCGACCUGCCGCAUACUCAGCCACUGCAGCAGCUGUCCCCAGGCAUGGUCGCCGCAGCAAGCGCCGCAGCAGUCGAGGCCUUGCAGCAGCGGGCGCUCGGCCGGGCGCCCUCACUGGUGGAGCUGCAGCAGGCUGUCGGUGAGGGCAUCCAGCAGCUGCUGUGCAAUGCUGCAGCUGCCGCUGGUCCGUGUAUCAGCGGCGGCGGCGGCGGCGCCGGCGGCAGUGGCACGGCAGCUGGCCAUGCCAUGGCAGGAGGGCUGCAGGCCACGCUGCUGCUGGCGCAAAACGCAGGCAGCAGCUGGAGGUGUGGAAGUAAUGCUGCGCCCAUGUCGCCUCUCGGUGCUACUGGUGGUGGCGCGCGUGCACUGAACGUGUUGGCGCCACCGCAUCAGCCGCCCAUGGGGCCCUUCCAGCCGCCGCCCACGCAGCGGCAGCAGCCCCCAGCAGCCAUGGAGGCCGCGGCAGUGAAUCCGGCGCUGCACCCAAGGGCGCACGAGCACCAGCUGCAGCGGCGCCCGCCGCAGCCGCAACCGCUGCAACAGGCAACCGGCAUGGCCGCAGCGGUCACAGCCGCAGCCAGGCGCCCCACGUACCCCACGGCCCUGGACAUGCAGCCAGUGCUGGCACGCAUGCUGUCCGCCGACAUCGCGCACAAGGACUUCUGGUCUGCCUACUCCGACAAGGCCGUCAGCAAGACCCUCGCUGACGUGGCGGGGCUGCUGCCGCCAGCACCUGCAGCGUCCGCAGCAUCCGCAGCACCCGCAGAAGGGAGCGGCGGCGGCGACGAAGGCGGCGGCAUCCGCAGUCUCGCCAUCUACGACACACUGCCGAUUGAAUUGUUUCGAACGCGGUUCCUGCGAACGCAUCGCGGACAGCCGUACGCGUGUGUUUGGCCCCUGGACCCCACGGAACCGGAUUUCGCAGGGGGAACAGGCGGUCUCGGCAAGUCCAAAUUCUACCCGCUCCCGCCACGCCAGCAGCCCGCCAACCCAAACCUGGUGCAGCGGCUGAGGAGCUUACUGCCCAGCAGCAGCAGCGGUGGCAGUGGCGGUGGCGGUGACGGUGGCGGUGGCGGUGGCGGCGGCGCGGCAGUGGCACCUGCGGCGACUGCAGGCACGGGCUGGCCGCUUGUGCCGGGCCAGUGGUACUUCGUCCACCCCGCCUACCUGGUCCACUGCCUAAAGCACCACAAUGUCAGGAACAACGGGUGCACGCGUACGCCCGGCCACGUCACUCAUACGAUGCAUCGGUCAUGCCUAGUGUUCUGCACAAGCGUCCGCUACGUCGAGAAGCUCGGUUCAACGCCUACAAUGCCCAAGCCAGUGGCGGGCAAACUCGGCGAUGGCUUCGACGGGUUCUUGAUGGAGAAGGUGGGGAGGGAGCUGCCCCCGGAGGUGGCGGCUCAGCAGGUCGAGUGGUUCGGUGCGGCCGUGUGCACCAUUGUGUACGGCACGUCGUGGCCCGCCUAUUACAUGGCCAAACCGCCUAAGGCAGCGGCUGUGCAGUGCGCCGCAGAGGCGGCGGCGGCGGUGGCGCAAUGCGCUGUUGCUACUGCUACUGCUACUGCUACUGCUGCUGCCGCGGCGGCGGCGGCGGCGGCGUCAGAGCCGGAGGCAGCGGCAGCAGCGGAGGCGGCGGAGGGCGGCAGCCUUGCGGAACGGCGGGCGGCAGCAGCUGCAGCUGGCGAGGCAACGCGAGGCGCUGUUGCCGCCGGCCGCCCCAACAACACCCUGGGUGCGGCUGGUCCGCCGAGUGGUGCCGGCGGCGGAGCGGCGGCUGGCGCGGAUGCGGCUGCUGCCAAGCCCGAAGCUGCUGGUGCUGCUGAUGGGGCUGUGCAGCAUAGGACGGCUGCUGGGCCUGGCGUGGCGCCGAUGGAGAUGGAGGCGCGGAUGGAUCCACAGCCGCGUCUACGUCGUCCAGCUUUGAUGGGCGCCGACGGCGAUGACGGCACUGGCGGGCCGCCGGCGGCCUUAAAGAUGGUGGCGGCUCCGGUUGGCGGCGCCAGAGGCAGCGGUGGGCGACAGCAGCACGAUGAUGCGCGGCUGGUGUCGGAGUGCAUCGGGCCGUUCCUGAGCAUGAAGAACGCCACGCCGUCAUUGUUUCGCGUCUUGCUCAAGGAGGAGUUCCUCAGCGACGACGGGCAGCCUGACCUUGCACGGCUGGUCAACAUGCGCAAUGGCCACCCGGACGGACAAGGCAUCAUGAACGCCAUCAUCCACGCGGCGCUCGCGCUCGAAGGCCUGCUGAUUCCGAAGGACCAGUCUGCCGCACCUGCGCAGCAGCAUCCGGCGGCGCCGGCGGUGCAGGCAGCGGCAGCCCCGCCGCCGCCACCGCCGCCGCCGCCGCCAGGACGCUUGCUGCGCGUGAUGUCCGACGGCAUGCAGGGUAAAGUGGUGUCGCUAUUCAAGGUGCUGCUGGAGAUUUGCGGGGCCGGCAGCGGUGGAACGACUGGUGGCGGUCAGAGCAGCGACGGCGGCGGCAGUGGUGGUAGCGCUCUGCGGCGGGCCAGUCGACUGCUGCUGCUGACGCAGCAGGAGUACGAGUGGCACGAUACAGUGCUGCACACGUGCUGCAAGUACGGGCUGGUGCACGUGCUGGAGUGGCUGCUGCCGCAGGUCAACGCGGCGGCGCUGACCGUGCCCACCAAGUCGGGCUGGUGCGUGCUACACACGGCGGCGCGCGCCGAACACGGCCGGGCCGUGGAGGUGACGGCGAUGAUGCUGCGGCGCUGCCGGGACCUGGGGCUUUUUACGCCCGAGAGGCUGGCCAUCCCAGGAGAUGGCGAGCAGGACGGCGUGACGACCUCGGUGUUGCUGUGCGACCUCACGCCCUUCAACAAGCACUAUCGCAGGGUGGGGGCCCGUCGCGUGCUGGACGCGGCCAUGGAGCGGGUGUGGGACGACCCCGCCUCGCGGCCGCACGUGCGCACGGACGUGCAGGGGCCGGAGGAGCUGCGGACUGAGAUGCAGCGACUCAACCUACGCUGCGGAGUGGCUGAACGAGACAGGGCUGCAGGGGAAGGAGGCGCGAGGACGUAGUGCAGCGAGAGGCAUGGAGGCACAUGGUGGAGAUGAGAAGCUAUCCUGGCGGUUGGGUUGAAUGUUGAAAACGCUUUCACAGGUGGCGACGCCUGCUGGUUGAUAUCGUUGUGAAUAUCUUGGCAGCAGGCAAGCCCAACACGUACGGCACGGCACCGAGUAGCCGAUGCUCUGCCGGAAGCUGACCGUGACCGUGACGCUGAGCCGGCCGUCGGGCGGCGGCGCGGGCGCCAGGCUGCUGGGCACGUCGAGGGAGUAGGCCAGGGCGGUGCCGCUGGAGCCGCCGCCGGGCAGCAGCGUCACGGUGCCGCCGCCCGCGCCCGUGAUGCUGGAGGAGCCGCCGGCCGCCACCGCGUAGGGCGAGGGCAGCGGCACGGCGUAGGCGCCGUAGAAGUAGGGCGUGGUCACCAGCGCCUGGAGGUGGGAGAUGGAAGUUGCAAGGAUUCCCUUUUGCGUCAAGGAGCCGAGGAGCGCGAGAUAGGAGACGUCAAGUGGUUUCUGACGGGUUUAGAUCCCGAAGCAUAACAGCAUUGCGUGCUGGGGGCAGCGGACAGCGGUUAGCUCUGUUGGCAGCCCUGGUUGCAUAUGGCUGGGGAGUUGGCCAACUGGUGCGGCUGGAUAGUCCGUGUGGCUAGGCGCUGAAUAAAUGCUGAACUGCAUAGCUGGCUACCGUGAUGUGGGGCCGCGAGGGAGCUGACGAAGCUCGGGCA